CUCUCGAACUUUAAAGGAGACGCUGCAUCCAUCUUCCAGUCAUUCCUGGCAUCAUUUUUUAUGGGUUUGGUGCCCAUGAUGCUUUUGUCUCAACAGUUGUUGGGUGUGUUGCUGAUCACCCUUGCACAUGGCGGGCUGGAAGUGGGAGCAGAUGGAUCUCAAACUACUCCGGAUGUGACAUCAGAAACCCUCACUGUAUUUGAGCUGGAAACAGAUGGACCUACUCCUGAAGUAACAUCAGAACCUGUCAACAUCACUGUAUCUAAGCUGGAAGGGGUAACAAAUGGAUCUCAACCUACUCUUGAAGUGACAUCAGAACCUCUCAACAUCACUGUAUCUAACUGCCCUAUUUUCUUCAGCCCACCUGCGGUGGUGGUUGAAUAUGGAGAACCAGUCUCAGUGAACUGUCUCACCAACAUCACACACAAGAGUUUGAGUUGGGAAAGGUUCGAAACAGAAGAGGAGACGACUGAGAACGGGUGGAGCUCCUUGACUCUAAAUGAAACAGCAGACUGGUAUACACAACCGUCUUGUGCCAUCGUCUAUGAUGAAACACAAUGUUCGAAGAAUCUCUCACUUACUGUUUACAAGACUCCAGACAGUGUGUCUAUUAGUACAGUGGAUAACAAAAUCAUAGAGGGCAUCAAGUAUGAGCUCCAGUGUGAUAUUGUGAAUGUGGCUCCUGUUGAGAGUCUCAUUGUGAAAUGGUUUAAAGAAGAAACAGAGUUGCAUAAUGAGACCUUCAAUGACACCAUCAAGACUCCAGUGAAUGUCACAUCUAAACUUCAGAUCACUGCAAACAGAUCUGAUGAUGGAGCUCAGUACAGAUGUGAAGCAGAGCUGGAACUGGGAGCAGAUGGACCUCAACCUCCUCCUAUUGUGACAUCAGAACCUCUCAACAUCCCCAUAUCUAGUUUAUCCAGUUUGCUUCAGCUCAUCCCACCGAGAGUUGUUGUGAAGUACGGCAGCUCUGUUUCAGUGAAUUGUAGCACUGAUGUCACCCACGAUGGGAUUGGCUGGAAUGCCAGUGAUGGAUCAGUACCUGAGACCAGAGACAAACUGAUCACUUGGGAAGUGUCCAACCUGAGACGAUGGGACAUACGGCCAAAGUGCUAUAUAAACUAUAAAACUAAAACACAUGAAACUGAACUACCAGUCACGGUUUACAAGACUCCAGAUAGUGUGUCUAUUAGUACAGUGGAUAACAAAAUCAUAGAGGACUUCCAGUAUGAGCUCCAGUGUGACAUUGUGAAUGUGGCUCCUGUUAAGAGUCUCAUUGUGAAAUGGUUUAAAGAAGAGACAGAGUUGCAUAAUGAGACCUUCUAUGACACCAUCAAGACUCCAGUGAAUAAAACAUUUAAACUUCAAAUCACUGCAAACAGAUCUGAUGAUGGAGUUCAGUACAGAUGUGAAGCAGAACUGGAACUGGGAGAAGAUGGACCUCAACCUCCUCCUAUUGUGACAUCAGAACCUCUCAACAUCACUGUAUCUAGUUUAUCCAGUUUGCUUCAGCUCAUCCCACCGAGAGUUGUUGUGAAGUACGGCAGCUCUGUUUCAGUGAAUUGUAGCACUGAUGUCACCCACGAUGGGAUUGGCUGGAAUGCCAGUGAUGGAUCAGUACCUGAGACCAGAGACAAACUGAUCACUUGGGAAGUGUCCAACCUGAGACGAUGGGACAUACGGCCAAAGUGCUAUAUAAACUAUAAAACUAAAACACAUGAAACUGAACUACCAGUCACGGUUUACAAGACUCCAGAUAGUGUCUCCAUCAGCACAGUGAAUCACACAGGACCAAUGAUAGAGGGAUCACAGUAUGAGCUCCAGUGUGACAUUGUGAAUGUGGCUCCUGUUAAGAGUCUCAUUGUGAAAUGGUUUAAAGGAGAGGCAGAGGUGAAAACUGAGACUUUCAAUGACACCACCAAGACUCCAGUGAAUGUAAGAUCUACACUUCAGUUCACGUCUGACAAAGAUAAUGAUGGAGCUCAGUACAGAUGUGAAGCAGAGCUGAAUCUGGGAAUAGAUGGACAACCUCCUCCUAAUGUGACAUCAGAACCUCUUAGCAUCUCCGUAUAUAGUUUUUGCGAUUUUCUUCAGUUCAGCCCACCGAGUGUUAUUGUGGAGUACGGCAGCUCUGUUUCAGUGGAUUGUAGCACUGAUGUCACCCAUAAUGGGAUUGGCUGGAAAGCCCCUGAAGGAUCAGUACCCAUGACCACAGACAAACUGAUCACCUGGAAAGUGUCUAACCUGAGACGAUGGGACAUACAACCGAUCUGCUAUAUAAGUACUAAUUUGACAAAGUGUGUAUCACUUCUUCCAGUGCUUAUUUACAAGACUCCAGACAGUGUGUCUAUAAAUAAAGUGGAUUACAAAAUCAUAGAGGGCUUACAGUAUGAGCUCCAGUGUGAUAUUGUGAAUGUGGCUCCUGUUAAGAAUCUCACUGUGAAAUGGUUUAAAGGAGAGACAGAGGUGAAAGUUGAGACAUUCACUGACAACAUCAAGACUCCAGUGAAUAAAACAUCUAAACUUCGGAUCACUCCAAUCAAAAAUCGUGAUGAUGGAGCUCAGUACAGAUGUGAAGCAGAGCUGAACCUAGGAGCAGAUGGACCUCAACCUCCUCCUAAAGUGACAUCAGAACCUCUCAACAUCACCGUACACUAUAAACCACAAAUAAGUGUUUGCAAUGACUGGGCACCAAAGACUGGGAGCUCGUUGAGUUCCUAUCCAUCAAGGCUUUAUUCAGUUGUGGGUAACCCUCGACCAAACAUCAGUUGGAGGCUUAGAUCAUCAUCUAUCAAUAACCAUACAAUUCUUAACAAAAAUUAUUCUGGCCGGUAUACAAUGAUUGCCAGAAACACAUAUGGUGCAUCCAGCUGUGAAAUAAACAUCACAGUAGAGUAUCCUCCAACGCUGAACUGCAGUAAACAAUUUUACCAAAUUAAAGAGAAUGAACCCUUUCCUUGUUUAGCUGACGGACUUCCAAAAUCUGUUGUCUCCGUCUACAAAGCUGAUGGAAAAGUUAUCCAGUUUCCAUUUACUCCCCGCUGGAAUGACAGUGGUUUAUAUAGUGUAACUGCAAGUAACAAACAUGGAGAUGCAUAUCAUCAAUUUAAUCUCAGCAUCCUGUACGCCCCAGUAUUUGACACGAGUGAAGACAAAUUUGAUGUGGAGGAAGGUAGCAGUAUAACUCUAAAGUGCAUUUUCUUUGGUAACCCAGAACCUUAUAUGUGGUGGACCUUUAAAAAUCAGAACAUCACCACUGGGGGGCGCAACAACGCCAUAAACAUUACGAAAGCCACAUCUGUCGACGCUGGCGUUUACACGUGCAGUGCCACGAAUCAAUUCGGACGCAAAGAUAAAAUCUUCACUGUGGAGAUAAAAGAAAAGUCUCUCAUCUACAUCUACGUACUCGUCAUUGUAUUUGUACUACUUUUGAUGGUUUUACUCAUCUGGUUGUGGAAAAAGAGAAAAGCACAGGGAUCUUACCAAGUACAGACAGAGCAAGAAAUGAUGCCCUUAACCAAUGGGAAAUCUAAAUGACUCCAUUGCAUUGGACAAGAUUAUUUACCACAAAGCUUAACACUUGUAUAACCCAGCUUAAGUCAAUUUUUUGUGAUUUACUGUUUUGUACAUAAAAUCAAACUACAUAAUGUAAAGGAAAGUGUAUAAAUAUAACAUUGACAUCUUCAUUGCAUGAGUAAGGCCAAGACAAAGAUUAAAGGGAUAGGUACCCUAAAAAUAAAAUUCUGUCAUCAUUUUUAUCAUGUUGUUACAAACCUGUAUACUUUUCUUUGUUUUGAUGAACACGAAGGAAGAUAUUUUGAGGAAUGUUUGAAAAAAUAAUACUGUGGAAGUGAAUGGGCUCCUCAAAAUAUCUUUCUUUGUGUUCAUCAGAACAAGAAAAGUAUACAGGUUUGUAACAACAUGCGAACGUGAAAAUGAUGACAGAAUUUUUAAUUUUUGGGUGAACUAUCCCUUUAAUGGUUGAAUUUAAACUUGAACAUUAUAUUUUUAUAUGCAAGCAAACUUUGUUCUAGUUAUAGCCUAUAUAUUUCAUAAUGUAUAACUCGUAUCAGUUAAAAGAAUGACAACUCACAUAUUUCUGUGACGUCAGUUCAUCAGUUUAAGUAACAUUGUUUUCUUCUGAAUAAUAAGUUAAUAUGAUGUAAAAAUGUAACUUUUUUUAUUGAUAAUAAUUUGGUGUUGAUAUUUUAAUAAACGCCUUCCCCUU